ACCUUUGAUGGCAUGGAAUAUUACUUUGCUGUGUUUAAAUCUGACAGCAGGAGAGCCGUCAACAUUUAAUGCAAUUUUGAGAGGUUUUUUGGCCUUGACUUGGCUGGACUUGAUCAGCAGGUUUGGGGUGUUACUGUGAGAAUAUAACAACAAGGAAACAGAGCACAUUUUCUGGAGUGUGGGUGGAGUUUUUUCUAACAAAAUGUUUCAGUGAAGAAUAGAAUCUCACAUUUAGUCCAAUGGGUGAAAAAGACAGAAACUAGAAGAGCAAAAUUCCAUCAGCUGAACAGAAAGUAACAAUUGAUGCUUACGCCAACAUGAGGCUACUGUUUCUCUUCUACUUAUUCCAGAUUUUCUUGACAGUAAAAUCAGGUUCUCAUUCUUUUUGGAUGUUCAGCACAUUCAUAAAGGGUGAGACUCCAUUUCCAGAAUACCAGGCUAUAUUUAUGCUGGAUGACAUCCCGUUUGCAUAUUACGACUCAAAUGACAACAAGGUUGUACACAGAGGUCUGAAUGGUCCGGAGAGAACACCUGACCUGGGAUAUGUUCCUCAUGGAAUCAACUAUGAAUGUAUGAGAUCUAGAGCAUCCUAUCUGAGACAGCUUCUAAACCACACAAACAGUUUUCAUGUUCUACAGAGAAUUUUGGGAUGUCAGUUACAGGAAAAUGAGGACAUAGGAACUUUAACACACAAAGAUGCAUUCAACGGGGCAAUUGGAGAUGUCCGUUAUUACAAUCCACAAUCUGACAGCCUUUAUACUGACCAGGUGUGGCCAGAUGCAGUGGAUGGUAUAUGGGUUGGGAGUGUGCAUAUAGCUUUUGCAUAUUACCAUCCCUUGUGCAUUGAAACCCUCAAGACAAACCUGGAGAAAGAGAAGAAUCGUGUUCUUAAAAAGAUGAAUCCCAGAGUCAGGCUCCUCCAGAAGACACUUCCAGACCCUGGUGGGGCCAAAGUGACCUGUCUGGCCACUGGUUUCUACCCUCGUCACAUCAACCUGACCCUGCUCAGAGACGGCCAGCCUGUGUCUGACCACCAGAUCACUGGGGGGGAACUGCUACCUAAUGGAGAUGAGACGUACCAGAUGAGGAAGAGCCUGGAGGUCAGUGCAGAGGAACUACAGCAUCACCACUACACCUGCACAGCUGAACACCUCAGCCUGGACAACAAGCUGGACAUCAGUUUAGAUCAUGAGUGGGAUUCAGUCACCACAUCCAUAGUGCCCUCCGUGCUUAUUGCUGCUGGGUUACUGUGUCUUGCUGGAGUUGGUGUCGGGGCCUUUGUCCUAUGGAGGAGGACCCGAACAGGUGAAAUAGGUCAAGGCUCACAGACCUCUCUGCAAGUGAACACAGAAGCUUCAGAGAAAUACACAAGUGUGUCAACCACAGAUGCAAAUUCUUGAAGUCACAUAUCCACUUAUCUAACUCUGGGGUAGAUGACAAAAAGUUGGCGUGUUCCUUUAAAUAAAGCAUAGAUUAUGAACUAUACUUUUAUACAAAGAUGUUUUUUGACAUCUAUGGCCUUUGUGUGUGUUAAGCAAUUAAGCUGAAAUAAACCACAACUCUACAGCAUCAAA